AGGAAAUGGGAUCCCUGAAAAUCCCACACUGCAUCCCAAACCUCAGAUGGUUUAGGGAUUUCAUUCUCUCCUGCAAGAGACAGAGGAAAAAAGAUCUGAGAGAGGAAAUGAGCAGCUUGAGCACACUCAGGGUGGAUCACAUUUGUAUCAGGCACCUCCAAGGCCAAGUGGAACCCCAGGGGAACCCUCCCUCUGAGUUCCCUGAUUGUGGUUUGAAGGGUCACCGUCUGUAAUUGUUCUCCAGGUGCUGUUAAAGGUGCCAAAGGGACACAGAAAGAUCUCAGCUUCAGGCUGGAGGGGCUGUAAAUUGGGGGGAAGGUGGCACCAAGACCUGGAGCUGCAUUUGCAGUCCUUGAGGAUUCACCUUUAGGAAGAUUUGGGGUUUCCAAAUCAUAGCAGAGCACAUUAACACAUCUCCAAUUGCAAGAUUCAAAGAGCUGUGACUGGGAAACAAUGAGAUGAAAUACAGACACUGGGUUUUCCAUGGAAUCAUCAAGUUUGCACUGCAAGGGACUUUGAACAUCAUCCAACCCUUACCCUGCCAUGGGCAGGGACAUCUUCCACUGUCCCAGGUUGUUCCAAGCCCCAUCCAGCCUGGCCUUGGACACUUGCAGGGAUGGCACAGCCACAGCUUCUGUGGGGACUCUGUGCCUCCCCACCCUUCCAGGGAAGAAUUUGUUCCCAAUAUCCCAGUGAACCCUGCCCCUGGCAGGUUAAAACUCAUGCUCAGCAGCACCUACAGCAAAAUCCCUGCUGGUAACCUCCAGGCUGGGACACGAAUUAGGCUGUGAGAUCACAGUGCCCAUUGUCCAUCCACUGCCCCCAGCAAGGGCUGCUCAGUGGUGCUGCUGGGGGUCUGUGCACCCCAAUUCAGGGAUUUAUGAGCUGCCUCCUGUCCCUCCCUGUGCUGUGAGGUCCCUGUUCAGCAUCCCUCUCUGUGUGUUUUGGCCCUGAUGGUCUGUCAGGGUUUUCAGACAGGUGAUGCUGAAGACAAAGCUCCAGCCCCGUUCCCAGAGAGGGACUCGGCUCUGGGAUUAACCUCCAGCCUGAGCAGUGAGUUACAAAUCCCAGCCCACGGAUGGAUCCUGCGCUCUGCGAGGCUCAGGCACAAACACGGAGACAGGGCUGGCUGUCAGCUCCUCCCUGUGCCACGGGCUGUCAGCUCCAGAGGACAUCAGCCCGGAUUUUUUAUUGUUCUGUGUCCCUUGUAUCGCCGCACAGAUUGCUUAAGAGAAUGGCACUCCGUGGAGUUUGACCCGGGAGCCCUGAUAGUGAAAAUAAUGCACUGCUCACCAGAGCCACGGGAGACCAAAAGAGUAACUUCGGUCAAUUAGUUUAACUUUGACUAUAAAUAUUCCUUCUCAUUCCUUGUGACCCUGUUAACAGCUCCGCUGGCAAACCCCGAUUCUCUGGCAAUAUUUAAGCUGCCUGUCAGUUGGCAGAGCCCUGCUGGUGCCCGGCGCGGGGAGCAGAAUAAGACCCAGCUGAGCGCAGUAUAUGCACCAGCACACAGGGGUGCUCAGCCCUCCCAGGAAGCCAUGGAUGCCACCAGCCUGCCCCCAGCCUCUGUGACCCCCUCGUGGGAUGUGUUCCCCCAGCAGGGGCUGGAGCCCGUGGACAUCGCCGUGCUGGUUCUCUAUUUCCUCUUUGUCCUCGCCGUGGGGCUCUGGUCCAUGUGGAAGACGCAGCGCAGCACGGUCAAGGGCUAUUUCCUCGCCGGGGGACAGAUGGUCUGGUGGCCUGUGGGCGCAUCCCUGUUUGCCAGCAACGUGGGCAGCGGGCACUUCAUCGGCCUGGCAGGCUCGGGAGCUGCCUCGGGCAUCGCUGCCACAGCCUACGAGUGGAAUGGGAUGUUCUGUGUCUUGGUGCUGGCCUGGCUCUUCCUGCCCAUCUACAUCGCCUCGGGGGUCACAACCAUGCCCGAGUAUUUGCAGAGACGUUUUGGAGGUAAAAGAAUUCAGAUAUUCCUGGCCAUUCUCUACUUGUUCAUCUACAUCUUCACCAAAAUAUCUGUGGACAUGUACGCCGGGGCUCUGUUCAUCCAGCAGGCUCUGCACUGGGACCUGUACAUCGCUGUGGCCGGGCUGCUGGCCAUCACUGCCGUGUACACCGUGGCUGGUGGCCUGGCAGCUGUGAUCUACACCGAUGCCCUGCAGACCCUCAUCAUGCUCGUCGGGGCCCUGUCCCUCAUGGUCUUCAGUUUUAUUGAAGUUGGUGGCCUUGAAGGUUUACAGGCCAAAUACUUUGAUGCCAUUCCCAGCACCCGCAGGGAGAACAGCAGCUGUGGCCUGCCCAGGGAAGACGCUUUCCACAUUUUCCGAGACCCUGUGAGCUCCGACCUGCCCUGGCCAGGAGUCUUGGUGGGAAUGACCAUCCCAUCCCUGUGGUACUGGUGCACAGAUCAGGUCAUUGUUCAGAGGUCCCUCGCUGCCAAAAACCUCUCCCACGCCAAAGGAGGCUCCUUGAUGACCUCCUACUUGAAGAUUUUGCCCCUCUUUAUGAUGGUAAUGCCAGGCAUGAUCAGCCGGGUUCUGUUCCCAGAUCUGGUGGCUUGUGCAGACCCGGAAAUCUGCAGAAAGAUCUGUGGCAACCCCUCUGGCUGCUCUGAUAUCGCUUAUCCCAAGCUGGUGUUGGAGCUCCUGCCUGUGGGACUCAGGGGCCUGAUGAUGUCAGUGAUGAUCGCAGCCCUCAUGUCCUCCCUGACCUCCAUCUUCAACAGCUCCAGCACCAUCUUCACCAUGGACCUGUGGAAGCACCUCCGGCCCCGCUGCUCCGAGUGGGAGCUGAUGAUCGUGGGCAGGGUGUUCGUGCUGCUGCUCACCGUGGUGUCCAUCCUGUGGAUCCCCCUGGUGCAGGCUGGCCAGGGAGGGCAGCUCUUCAUCUACAUCCAGUCCAUCAGCUCCUACCUGCAGCCGCCCGUGGCCAUGGUGUUCAUCCUGGGCUGCUUCUGGAGGAGAGCCAACGAGAAGGGAGCCUUCUGGGGGCUGCUGCUGGGGCUGCUGCUGGGGGUGCUGCGCCUGGUGCUGGAUUUCGUCUUCCCCGAGCCGCGCUGCGGAGAGCCCGACAGCCGGCCCGCCGUGCUCAAGUACAUGCACUACCUCUACUUCUCCAUGCUGCUGGGGGCCACCACCACCCUCACCGUGCUGCUGGUCAGCCUGGCCACCGAGCCCCCGGCCCCCCAAAUGGUCAGCAGGCUCACCUGGUUCACCCGAGGGGAUCCUGUCCCCAAGCAGGAGCUGCCAGCCAAGGACACGGCCACGCUGCAGCUGGAGCUGAGCCCCGCUGCUGAAACCCCUUCUGAUGGAGCCAAAGGUGCAGCUGAGGCCAAGGGCAGCUCCAAGCUGCUGAGCACCCUGCUGUGGCUGUGUGGGAUGGAGCACAGGCAGGAGGCUGCAGAGCCCCUGCCCAAAGCUGAGCCCCCACCUGUGGCUUCCCUGGAGGAAAAACCCCUGGUGAAACACGUCCUGAACAUCAACCUGCUGCUGUGUGUGUGUGCUGGCAUCUUCCUCUGGGCUUACUUUGCAUAGCCAGCCCCCAGAGCAACAACUAAUCCUAAUUGGUGUAAAUAUUAAUGAGUAGCAGAGGGUUAAUGUAAUUCUUAAUGCUUUCUACAUUUUAUUUCUUUAUUUAAGACAUUUUAAAGGCAUAAUAUUUUCCUUGUUUCUAAUGGGGGCCUGGCACUGUCAGACCCCACCUGGCACCAACCAGCUGAGGAAGGUUGGUUUGGUUAUUUUAAAUAUUUAAUUUUGCUCUUUGGCCUUAGAGCACUGCCUGGAAUUCAGGAAGCCUGGAUUCUCUUCCUAUUUAUGCCUCUAUAACCAGCUGUGAGCACUUGGGUCCCCUUUAGUUCAGCUCCUCUGGCCCUGAGUGACCCCAGGGACCCCUUCAGCUCCUUCCCUGAGCAGUGAGUGCUGAUGGCCUGAGUUACCAGCCUUGGCACUGCAAUGCCAACACCAACACCAGCAGAGAGUGUGGAACCUGUCCCAACCCUGCCCCAAAAGGCACCUGAAGGACCUAAAGCAGCCCAAGCCAGCACCAGUGCCAGGGCAGAGGUUCCCAGAACUCAUUAAAUCCUGCAGGGUCCCAGCAAACCUCACCCAGAGCUGGGUGUGCAGGCACUGACUGCAGGAACAGCUGGAAAGCUGCAGAAAAUAUCUUUGUUAAAUAACAAAAAGGGAGCUGGAGCUUGGGGAUCCCUCCUGAGCAUGUGAAACCCUGGGGGAGAGAGGCACUGCACAGCCUGGGGGACAAACAGCAGAAUCAGUCCCAGGACUGGAGUCUGUGCCUCAUCAAACUGGAUUUAGAGUUACAAGGAUUUGUUACAGGGCUGGGGUGACAGAGGAAUUCCCACAGUGCUCCCACUGAAGUCCUCAAGAUAAAACCAAGCUACACAGUCCAGGGGAUCACUCUGACCUUCAGGACCCAGUGGAAGCAACAAAACUAGAAUAAAGAUGCCUUAAGUUGACAAAAAACAA